AUGGAAGAUGUUAUAGAAAAGAUAGCUGAAUUGACAAUAAAUGGGGUUGAAUACAUUUUAAAAUUAAACGCAAACAACGAGGAAAUGGCAAUAUAGCUUGAACAAAAAAAUAGUGGAGAAAUAUGGAAUAAUUCAUUUACAAAAGACUAUGUAGAAGAUAGUACUUAAAAGGCAGGAAAUUUCAAAAAAUUCAAUACAUUUUUGAAAAUGCUUAUUUCAGCAAUUAAUAAAUCAUCUGAAUCAGUUUCUUUGAAUAUUUUAUCUUAUUAAGACUUAGAGGCUUUGAAAUCUAGAAAAAACUAAAAUAAAUAGCAAUCAACCUCAAUAAAUGCAUCUUCAGUUCUAGCUAAAAAGAAAUUUUUAAUUUUGUAGUAUUAAGUAGAAUAUGACAAGGUUUAAUAUCCUUUAUCAUUAGAUCUUAAUGAAAACCCAGAUCCUCUCACUUUAAAGUAGAUUAUUAGCAGGUUAAGGCUAGAAAACGAAGUUUUAAGAUAAGGGAGAUCUGAAUCAUCAGAUUAAAAUCUCAUAAUUUAGUUAAAACAUGAAAAUUAAAUACUUAGAGCUAAGUUAUUUAAUAAAGAAGAAGGUCCCUCUUUAGACCGUGAUCAUCCAUAAAACUUAAAAUUAAUAGAAGAGUAAGGAGAAGAGAUAAAAUAUUUGAAGCAAAUACUUGACAAUAGAGAAAGAGAAAUGCUUCUUUUAAAGAGUGAAAAUGCUAAGCUUAUGGAACAUGCUCAAAAUUUUGUAGAAAUGCAAGAUGCCAUCAGUAAAAUCAAAGAGGGAGAGAGAGUAAUGUUUUAGCAAUAGCAAAGAUUAGAAUAAAUGGAUUUAGAGAUGACAAGCAUUUUAUAAGAAUUAGAAACAUACAAAAAUAAUGAUAAAAGAUAAAAACAGCGCAUAAUUUUACUUGAAUAGGAAUUAGAAGGCACACUUAACAAAAUCACCACCACUAAUCGUUCUAGAAAUGAUUCCAAAAACAAAUCAAUUAGUAAUUUAUCUAGUUCUAUCAAUAGAGGUAGAUCAUCUUCAAUCAAUAAAAAAGUUAAUAAUGUCAUUCAUGCAUCACCUUUAAGAAAUACGAGUGCUUUACUCAAUUCAUCGGGAAGAUAGACCCCAACAAAUCUUUCUCGCUCGAAUUCUCAAAGCAAUUUAAAAAAAACACCUUCUAGGCCAACUUCUUCCAAUUAAAGAUAGGGCAGUAUUGGAUUGAAUAGAAGAAAUUCUAUAGAAUCAGACACAGAAUCUUCUAAAUAUAAAAAAAAUAUAAAUAACAUGAGAACUUCAUCUCCUUCUCGUUCUUCACUAAAUUUAAAUUCAUCAUAAACAAAGAAAAGUAGUAACACACCUCAAAAAAAAACUAUUGUUUCAAACACUAAAAUGACAAAGUCUCCUCAAAAUAGCAAUAGAAAUUCUGUAACCUAUGGAUAUCCUUCAAAAAAUAAUACUAUAAAAUCCAAUACAUAAUCAAUUAAGACACAACAGACAAAAGCAGCUUAAAAUAAAAUUCUUUAAAAUAAUAAGGAUGAAGGUUCUGAUGACGAAGAACGCUUAAUGAAAAAAUUAAUGGAACUUAGAAAAUAAAAUAAAGAAAAUACUGAAUCUUAAAAUGCCUUAAAAAAGAGCAGGCUAUUAGAUUAAAUGGGAAACAGCACUUCCUCAACUUCAACUUUAGCAAUGAAUAAAUAAAAUUUAGGCAGUACUUUUACAAAAGAAAAUUUACAAAAUUCGUCUGUCCACGAAAAUUCGCCAUAUACUUGCGAUAAUACCACAGAUAUUGAUGACAGACUUCAUAAGCUUUAAAAUUUAUUAAGGAUUGCUAAAAAUUGA